UCUACAAGCAACAAACGUGAAGUUUAUCGAUUCACGGCUGCCUCUGUAAUAUAAAUUAAAGCAACACAGAUCUUUGUUGUCACAAGCGCCGUCGACGGCACCAGAUAAACUGAUAAAGUAUGACGCUAACCUCGGACAUAUAUUACGCGGUUGUCUGCUUCCGCCAAAAAACAAAUGCAAAUUGCCAAUUUAGACGCGUCAGCAAGGUCGCGAUAGUAGCAUUGCCUGCCUGUGAGGAAGACGAAUAACAAGGAGCGCCGCGCGAGAUCUGCAACCACCCGAGCGCCCGAGCGCCCAGAAGAAGAUCGAACACCGGACGAGCAACGUCACCGAGAAGUUUCUCUCCACCUUGAAUCACAAGAAGCCGUGGCCGCUUCGCGCGGAAUUACGCUGAAGUGCCACCAACGUGUAGUACGAGGCCAUCAUGCCGAAAGCAUCCAAGGCGCGGCACCAGGGCUCAAGGCGACGGCGGAAGGUGACAGGGUUCCUGACACCGCCUUCGGUUUUGCCAGGAGAGCAGUCACCUGCGUCGCAGGUUCAAGACUCGCCGUCCAACAGCGUAAUGAAGAAUUCACGACUCCGCAAGCCACCAGUGCCACGGGUGAGAGGCGAAACCGCAUCGCUGCCGGCGCUGUCGCCAUCGCUACCGUCUGCGCUGUCGCAGGAACCCGCAAGCUUCGCCGUCGCUGCAUCGCCGUCUGCGCCACCUACGACGUCGCCAGCAUUGCCUUCCUUCUCCGCUGCCGUACCAUCACCUCUUACGACGCAAUCGCGAGUCUUCAGCCCCAGCCAGGGGUCGCCAACAACAGGUCUCACUUCGCUGUCACCACUGCAGACGUCGCCGCGUGCUGGGUACCCCAAGCCCAGCACACCGGCGACGCUGCUUCCUCCAGCGCCCCAACUACCAUCACCAGCUCAGGUGCAGCCUGCGAAGCAAAACGAGCCCGACCGGCCCUUGCUGCUGGGUGCUUCGUACCGGGCGGCAGUGAUGCGCAGCACGUCAUUGCACGAGUGGGCAGCACUGCGAUCUCUGCGCUUACGGACCUUCUCCGGACAGUGGGCGAACCGGGGUCAGAUGCUUCUUUCUCCCCUGCUGUCUCGUCUACGCUCCACCUCCAACAGCAGCAUUCCACAUCAGACUCAGCAAGCUGCGCAACAACAGGCUAACGGCGCAGCAGCAACAUGCAACGUAGGAUCGGACGAGCAUACCAGGCUCCGUGAACAGCAGCAGCCGUCCAAGCUGCGUUGGCAUGAUGAGCGGCAUGACCUCCGAGCCAGCGUGCCUUCCUUGGACAAGGGUAGAAGCUCCCCUUCGCGAAUUUCUGCUAGUCAACCGGAGGAUCCUGUUUCUAUCCAACCGCGCUUUUCCGCCUCCAAGACAGCAGGGUGCCCGCGCUGCGAAGAUGCUUCACAGCUGGUUGGUAGUCAUGGCCCUUUCCAAACGACCGUGUUCUACUUCGUCCUACUGGUUGCCUUCGUGCUACCAUUCCACUCAUUGCCACUGCGGAUCGCCAACCAUGACGUCGAUCACUGGUGCGCCAGACCGGCGCAUUUGCGCAACAUGUCGACGGAAUUAUGGAAGGAGGCAAUGAUCCCACGAGCCGAGAAUGGCCGCUACAGCAGGUGCCGCAUGAACGCAGAGUGGAACUCGACAGGCAACGCCACGGUGCCAUGCGUGAAGUGGGAGUACGCGCAAUCUGCCUACGGAGCCUCCAUCGUGCAGGAUUUUGAUCUGGUGUGCGAGCGUGCCUGGUUCCUACCGCUCAGCUGCUGCGCAUUCUCGCUGGGUGCCAUCUGCACGCUGAUCAUGUUAGGGCCAAUAGCAGACCGUUUGGGCCGGAAACCGGUGAUACAGUUCUGUACGGUGGUGCUCCAAGCGGCCGGCGUAGUGAUAGUGUUCUCCACCAUAAUGAACAGCUUCAUCGCCAUGCGCCUUUUGCAGGGAGCGGCCACCAGCACCCUCUUUAACACCAGCUUCGUGCUACUGAUCGAAGUUCUUUCACCGGAGCGCCGCACACUCUACUCGAUAGCAGCGAUGAUGGGAAAGGUGUUCGGCGCAGUCAUCGUGGCCGUUAUGAUGUGGGCGAAGUUCAGCUGGUACGCGCUACAGCUUACAAGCAUGCUACCCUGCCUCCUGAUGCUCAGCCUCUUUACAGCCCUAUUGGAGUCACCACGAUGGCUGCUGGCGCGAGGCAACGCGGAAGAGGCGGAGACAGUCAUCAUGCAGGCGGCAAUGCUGAACGGCGAGAGCAUAUUCGAAGUGCGCCAGCAGUUGGCGCACACGCGGCGGGAUAUCGAGCGAGGCCGCUCGGCCACAGCUGCCGAGGGCGUAAAUUGCGAUGCAUCUCGCGCGCGAGGCCGCAAGCGGAACAGCGUCAUCCUCUGCUAUCUGUGGACGGUGACCGCAGUCGCGUCAGAAGCGGCCUCGGUGAAGAUCCACUACCUGGAUUUGUACCCAGCGGCGCUGCUGGUGCUUUCCUCGCUCCUGUCGUUCCCGACCGAAUUGGUCGCCAUCGUGUCGGCGGCACGCCUGGGACGCAGGGCUUCGCAGUGCUGGGCGCUGGCGCUUGCCGCUUUCGCUUGCUUUGUGGCCGCCACCCUCGGCGACGACAGCGCAGUUCCCAGCGCGGCGCUUCUGCUAGUGGCGAGCGUCUUCGUGGACGCAUCGCAGGUCGUGGGCACCCUGUACACGGCCGAGAUGUACCCUACAGUGGUGCGCUGCACGGGCCUGGCACUGUGCAAGUGCUUCGCGGAUGCCGCCAGCGUCGCCACGCCUCUGGCAGUCUACGUGGGACUUCUGCCCGCGUCUUCAGUGCCGCUGGGCGUGGUAUCGCUAAUGUGCGUCACCGCAGCUUACCUGGCCAUGAGCUUGCCGGACACCAAACAGUGCACUGUGCUGCCGGACCAGAUCGUGGACGCCCCGAUUGACUCGAUCCCGCACUAAGCUUCAUCGCGGUGGCCGACGGAUGCUGCACCGUGCCCACGCAGGAACAGUGCUUUCACGACAAGUGGUGGGCCACGGUGAAGCACUAACCAGCUCCUUCAUAGAUCGGAUAAGACUGUCCUUACCCAGAACAUUUCUGCAGCACCAUUUUUGUGCCGUCUUCGUUCGUUCGCAGUGCUCGAAAUAGAUCGAGCAGCGAUGAAUAAUUAUAUCAUCAAUGUCGCCUCUGUAGUAAACCUAAUGCACGGGAUUCGAAUUCUCGCUCAAUUUCGGAAGAAAUGCCUCGCUUCUCCUUCUUGCACUGCGUUUGUAAUUGUACAUGGCCGCGGCAAUUGGCGCCUCAAACCAAGAAACAUUGGGCAUGUCACUUUAAAUAAGACACAAUAUUUAGAAUCAUAUGGGCACUUACUACAUAGCGAAAUGAAUAAACAUGCUUCAGACUGCUGACAAAUUGCCAGCAGCGCUUGUUGUUUGAACCUAGACGUUCAUCGGAGAUGCAUCACGAAACAUUUCGCGUGCGCUUCGUCAUUCAGCCAAUCGAACAAAAAGCUUGGUGAAAACCAAGCGUCUCCGAACGUGAGAAAUGUUUCUACAAAGCAGUUUUGCCCCUAAUUCGAAGGAGCGUCGCGCUUAGAGACAUAUGCGCAGUAAUUCUCUUAAUCUUUAGUGCGGCCUCGGGUGAAGUAAACAUUGUCAGACGCGCGUCAAUAACUUGCUUUCAAAAUCUAAAAGAAGUAGUGAGACUACAUCCCUAGGUAUUUAUUUUUGGAUGUGGCGCACACUGCCGCAUGCCUUCAUUAAAUGUUUACCUUUACAGGUCUGGUCCGGCACCGUGCCCUUUGUGUCCCUACCUGCCAGAAGCAUUAAAACAUUGACUACUUUUUACUAGGAUGCCGUCGAUGUAAAAUUCAGACAACUAGACAUUUCUUUAACUAUUCAAAACAUCAUCAUC